CUUUGCAUCUGUGAUAGGCCCGAAGUUUUUGGUUAGGUUUCUUAUUUUGUCGAUAUUGUCUUUAAAAUUUGGGAAAAAUAUUGCUUUUUCGUCCAAAUUUAGUGUAAUGUUAGGAGAAAAGUGAUGUUAAAGAAACACUCUUUAAAAAUGGCGUAUUUUAAGGGGAAACGGUGAAAACUGUAUAGCAUGCAAUUAAAUUAAACGUGUGCGACUAUAAGAAGAAAAUCUCGUUUGUAGCGUAUGUAUGCGUGCGCUGUGUAUGCUGCGGAACAGCUAAAGCCGCUGCCGAGGUGACAACAGUAAUAAACGUAAUUGAUUAAAGUGAUCCUCCUCUUCUGUGGCGCUCUCCUUCCAUCACUUUGUUAGCAACGAACCACGACGUGUGUAAUGAAAGAGUCGUCCCGGUGCUAGAAAUAAAGCAUACAAUACAAAAAAAUAAAAAAUAGUACAUGCUAAUAAAGAAAACUUGGCCUGAGAAGAGAAUCGUUGAAGAGAAAAUUUAGCGUUUUCUGUGAUUUUCCUGCGAUACACGACAAACGGAAGAAAAAUGUAUCCUUCCCCGUUGCAUUACUCCACUAUGCGGCCACAAGCACCUGGUGCUGGCCAACAACAAUAUGACCACAAUGCUGAGGAGUUGUGCAAAGCAGAAUGGUAUUGGGGCGAGAUUACGCGUGAAGAGGUGAAAAAUAUUUUAUCUGGUGAGCCGGAUGGCAGUUUUCUUGUGCGUGAUGCCUUGAACAAAAACGGCGAAUAUACACUAACGCUGAUCAAAGAUGGAACCGAAAAGUUAAUAAAAAUUUGCCAUUUAAAUGGAAAAUACGGUUUCACCGACUGCAAAUUUAAUUCAGUGGUGGAAUUGAUCAACUACUAUCGAAUAAAUUCCUUAAAGCUUUACAAUAAAAUGCUAGACAUUACGUUAAGCAAACCAAUCGUGAAACCGGCAGAGGAAGAUGACCAUAAUGAUUUGCGUAUUCUUGCCGAUAAGUUUCUUAGUCUGCAUAAUAUGCUGAAUAAACAGCAGUACCUACUAGAUCAAAAAAUGAAAGUAUUUAAAAACGUCGAAGCUGAGCUAAACGAAAAGAAACCAGAUCAAGAAGUUUUUCUGAAAGCGGAAAAAUUGUUUAAAAAUCAAAUAAAAUUAUUAGAAUCGUACAUAUGUACUGCAGCGCAGCCGCAGGCCGGCACAACUGGUACAAUAACGAACGCGAAUGGCGGCGGAAAUGGGUCUUUUGUAGCCCGUCAACAAGAACAGGAGAAGUUACAGGCAAAUGCAACGAUAUUGAAAAAGAAACUUCAUUCAUUGUGUACAGAAAUGGGAAAACUGAACCGCUAUGUGGAAGAUAAGAAGGAGGACUACAAAAGGUUGGAACGACAAAUUAACGCAGCGAAACCAGAAUUGCAGGAAUUAAGUAUGGAAAAGGACAGGAUAACAGAACGUCUCAUGGAGGCUGGUAUUAAGGAGGAGGAUAUCAUUCUGCUCGCUGAAAUGGGUUUCGAGGCCUGGCAAAAGAGAUACGAAAGUCGGACGAAUUUACCGCAUAAUAAUGAUUCUCUAUGGUUCCUUCGCGAUUGUUUGCGCCAAGAGGCGGAGGAAUUAUUAAAGGGUGCCCCUACUGGCACAUUCCUUAUUCGUGCUCGAUCUGCUGGUCAUUACGCACUUUCUAUCGUUUGUAAGAAUGUUGUGAACCAUUGCAUCAUCUACGAAACGGAAAGUGGCUUUGGCUUUGCAGCUCCUUAUAAUAUUUACGUUUCUUUGAAAAAAUUGGUGGAGCAUUAUGCCAGCAAUUCCCUCGAAGAGCACAACGACACUCUGACCACAACGCUACGCAUACCGGUAAAGUAUUGGCAUGCCAACAAGGAUUCGCUUCUGAAGCAGUUGGAAGAAGAACAGGAAUUGGAACAGCUUCAGAUUGAAGAGCAGCAGCAGGCGGAGCAGCAACACUUACAAAUGCAGCAACAGUCAACUUCUGCGAUUUCAAUACCUAGUAGUGAGACACUGCAAGCGCAAACCCCACCCUCUUCGUUAAAUUCCUGGCCUGCUGGCGGCCUAGAAGGCAGUGUCAGUGGCAACCAAAAUCAGUCGCAGCCAUAGUCGAAACAUCAGUAAAGCCUGCCCAGUGUUGAAGAUUAUGGGUCUACGGUUAUGCAUAAAUUAUAUGUUAUUAUGGAGCUUCCAUUCACAACCACAGGCCCGCAAAGAAUACAAAAAUCCUAAAGAGGGAGAAAAUAAGUUAUAUUUUUUAAGUCCAGCUUUUGUGAUGUGAUGAUGUUGCAAUUUUUUUUUUUGAAUGCAUGUUUCCAAUGCAGCAACAUGACAAUGAGAGCGACGAUUGUAGGCAUAAGUAAAGUGUAGAAAGUUAUAUUAAUUUGCCUAUUGUCAUUAAUUAAAAAAAAUGAAAAAAAAAACUCUCGCAAUAUCAGUGCAACGAUAGCGGUCGAAAACAUUUUCUCAUGACAAUGAGUCAUUUUAUUUUGAAGUUGCCGCACUUUUGUCAUGAAGUCUGCGUUUUGUGAUUAUCGAAAUAAUUAUAGAAGUUAUUGCGAUGGAUAUAAUUGUGAAAAAAUAUCAAUAUUAAAAGAAAAA